UUGUCACUCAGUGUGAUAUCAGUCUAUGUUUUAAGUGCCACCGUGGACAUAUCAACACCCCUCUUGUUGACUAUCAGCUAACAAUAUUCUUUCCGGGCGUUCUUGCCUAAGGUUGUGUGAUUCUGUCUGUGGCUCGGUUCGCUCAACACGACGAGUGAACAGCCAAACCCAACUGUCUUGAAGAUCCAUCCAGGGUGAGAGGUUAUAAGACACUAGAUGCGAGGAACGUUAGUGUGUGUUUACCCCUGCUACUACAGUAUUAAUUGACGCACUCUGGACAAGACUGGCCGGUUCCAGAGGAGCUGAGUCAACAGAAAUAGCAGGGAGAUUUUAUUUUGUUUCACGGAAACUUGAAGAGGCCUCGUGCUUCUGACAUCAUGGUUUCAGGGAUGCAACUGUUCCUUUGCUUGGUGUGUUUGGCCAUGGUGCAUGGUACUCCGUACUGUACGGUUGGACCUGGAUCAGGAAAGUCCAUGCCCACGAUGAAGGAGAUGUCGUUCCGGACAGAGAUCGCCGGCAAGAAUAUCGCCAAGCGCUACUCCGUGUACAUCCGAGAAACAGUAGAUAUAGACGCGAAGAGGCAAGCCGCCCACUGGCGCUCCCCGCAGCAAGACGUCACUCUCAUCACAGACGGCGUGAAACGUCAGACAAUAGUUGUCUCUAACUCGGCUUGUAACGUUCUGAAUGGUGACAACUACAAUGGGCUUCAGCUGAACACCAAUGACGGCAACAACUUCUUUACUACCAAUGAUAUUCUGCAGCUCGGUGGCAAUACGCGCCUGGUUGGACCAUGCCUGGAGGACUACCCGCCCCCAUCCCUAUCCGUUAUAAAAUGGUGGGCAAAAAGAUCACAAACGGCACGCAGGAAGACAUCAACACAAUCUACGACUACUUCAACUUUGAGCUGCUCGACAAGAAUCGUUAUGAAGAGGAAUUUCAAAUUCCGGCUGGAGUAUUCUGCCCAGGCCUGACCUCCACCCAAAAACCUCCCACGUUUACCUCUUCUGUCGUGUCGUACAUGUCGGAGUUAAGCUAUGAUGGCCACCACGGAGACUCACUUUUGAAGGUAAUCUACGACACGGAUGACAAGCUUUCUCGGGAAGACAAUCUAAACCUCUAUCGCGACUUCUAUCAUCGCCCGUCGGUAUACUCGAGUAUACGGGAUUACAAUGAAGGUGUCGCAUACACGAUCAGCCCAGACGGCAGUUGCACGUCCUUUAUGUUCAAUCAGCUGGCCAAACUUGAGGGCAACGACUCUUUGCCCUACCUUGACAACGGCGAGUCAACAAACCAAAAUGGCUACAUCCAAAUGGAGUCUGUCCGGGCUUUCUUCCACGCAGACGGGGAUAACUUCAACUACGAUAGUGCGGUGGAGGUUCGAGGCUUGAAGUGUGAUAGGUUCACUAAAAACUACAAAGCCUUAGACAAUAGGGAUGCUCAGAUCCAGCUUUAUUUCACAAAGAACCAGACCGCACAGAGCUUUCGUCCAAGCUCUACCCAGGAUGUGCUCAUCCGGAAGGUCACUGUGGACUACUACAGAAAGAGAAUAGAGGAUAUUUACAAGUUUACGAAUGCGCCUACGGUCAAUCAGAACCCGUUCGACAUUCGCAGCUGCUACAACGACACCGAAAAGCGUAACUUCCGCAUGGAGAUGAAAGGUACCGGAUACUUUACUCGUGAAAAUAAGUACAUGUUGGGUAGUCUACUGGCCCAAAAAUUGACUGGUCUCGUGGGAAUCAGCCGAGCUCGACUCCACUGGGACUCGAUCGUCGAAGAAAAAGGCGUCGCAACCAUCAUGGGUACACUGUUAGACCGGGGUCCGGACAGAGAUAACUACGGCAAAGCGACAGGCAAGACUGUGGAUAUGACCAAACUGCCAAUAUCCGACCAGGCCAAGAAGACGGUGCGGCCCUCUCCUGGACGACCGCCAAUUCAUAGCCCGCAGGAAUGCGCUAGGACGUGUAACCAGGCCGGAUCGGGUUGGUACGAUCCAGUAAGACAGUGCGAUAGCUUUGACUAUUGUCCGGGACAGUGCACCUUUUAUUGGGACCACCACGACCUUGACGUACAGCAAAACUACUACCUGAAAAACACAACUGGAUGUGAUCACUACCACAAGUUGGUUAACGUCCGUCCUGAGCCAACCCUCGAUGAAGCUUGGAAAGCCAUCUCGGAUGCAGUCUUCAACGCAGAAGUCUCUAUCACAAUUAAAUCCGAAAACCGUUUUAGCAGACCUUCUGUCUGGUCAGCAUACAGCAUCGUGGAUCUUAAACGGGUGAACUAUGCUGGGUUUCCAGGCACGUAUUUGAGCGAGUUCACCAAGUUUCCAGGCAAGUCAGUUCUCUCCAAGAAAGCCGUGGAAACGUUCACUCAAGUGACCGACCCGAACGAUUGCGCACGCAAGUGCAAGCAAACAAAAGACUUUUUGUGCGAGUCCUUCGACCUCUGCACUGGCGGGGGCACCUGUGCCCUGGGCAAGACUCACUACUACACGGCCGAGUCGACCGACGUGCAGGACAACGCGACGUGCACACACUACUCCUUGGAUUACUAUUUCGACUACGACUACAAUUUUGGAAAAAAAGUAAAUAACCCGUCCAAAGUGCACGUUGUCAAAGGCAUCAGACCGGACAGUUGUGCGGCCCAAUGCUCCUCUGGUGACAUCCCUUGUAACACCUUCUACUACUGCCCGAGUAGCCAAGCCUGCCUUAUACCGGAUCCCACCGCUUCAACCUCCGGCUCCCAGUUGGGCCAUUGCGAUGUUUUUACACUGAAAAAAGGAAUCUUCACAAAGUCCUCACAGAACUCCAAGCAGCCGGCCACAGGUGGAAAUCCCCAAGGUCCCAAAACCAGCGCGAGUACUGGCAAUAACGGUUACUCUGGUGGCUCAAUGGCAGGAAUCGCCUUUGGAAUGAUAGCAUUGGGCAUGGCCUUGGCUGUGCUGGGUCUCUUUGUGGCUGCCCGUUUCCGAACACGCCCAAGCGCCGGCCCUGGUAUCAGUAACAUCACCUUCUCGAAGGACGAGCUCAAGGACUGAGCUGCCAAAUGCUUUGUUAUGUCAUAUUUUUCUAACGGUCGUUUUGUUUUUGUUGUUCUGAGGCCAUUGUGGGGAGUGAUUUGUGCGUGUUCCUUGUUGUUGUUUUUACGAGACGGGUCAGGAUAUCAUGUUGUGGGAGGGCUACAAUAAGAAACACACUGAUUUAUUUAUCCAAUAUAUUCUUUCUCCUCCUCCUCCUCCUCCUCCUCCUCCUCC